AUGAUGCCACAGUUUGAUGGAAGGAACGAGCAUGACGGAGUUGAGAUGCAAGUUAUUCCCGAACGUCAUCGAUUUCCAUGCUGCAUUGUGUGGACACCAAUACCACUACUUACGUGGUUAUUUCCUUUCGUUGGCCAUAUGGGUAUAGCAACAAGCCAAGGUGUUAUCCGUGAUUUUUCUGGGAGCUACUGUGUUUCUGAAGAUGAUAUGGCAUUCGGUUGGCCCACUUGGUAUCUACAGAUAGAUCCAAAUACAAUCGAUGGAGGUUCUGAAGCCUGGGAUUGCGCAGUUUCAGAGGCUUCAGAGGAAUAUAAAAGUCACGUUCACAAUUUAUUCUGUGAUAACUGCUAUUGUCAUGUUUCAAUGGCUUUAAAUGAGAUGAGGUUUAAUCAUAGGCGAGAUCACAAAUGUAUCCGAUUGACCAUCAUGCUUAUGACCAAAGGUCGAUAUGUUGGUGGCUUUGUCAAACAGUGGCUCCCAUUUACAUUGAUAUGUGUCAUGGUUCUUAUUGUAAUUUUCAUUAUUUCAAAAAGUUAA